AUGGCAGCUUACCAUGUUCGUUCUAAUAGCUUUCCCCCUAGUCCACAUCCACUUGUUCCCCAAUUUGAUGAGCAAUUGUGCAGAUUGAGAGCUUCUGUCUGUGCCUCUUCGUCAACCUCAACCUCAAUGGCCUGCCAAGGAAGUGGACUUCAAGAUCUGCCAUGGCUAAGGAAAUUUUGUCACAAACAAAGGAUUCCACACAAGAACUUCAAUCAAUCAUUCGAAGAAGACGAGGUGGCAAAAUGUGGUCAAAGAACCACAACAGUCAAGAAGGCAAUUCAGAAAGCCAUCAAGAAUCUCAAGGAAAUGGGAAACAGAUGCAUUUUCAAUACCCUCAACAAGGACAAUGAGACAGUUGCUAUUCUUAACUUGUUGAGAGAGGCUGAAGCAAUCACUCUUAUCAUACUUGAAUCGUUGCUGUUAUUCAUCUCCGAGCCAAAUUUAGGUGGAUCAAAGCCUAACAAGUGGUAA